ACUUCUGCUCACACGUUAACUCACAGGCGCGUUACGGGAGCGGUUGGAGCGAAACUCCAAAGCAAGUUGUUGAGCAUCAGCUGGUGAUUUAAGCCGUUUGAUGAGAGUGAAGUUCCGUAAUGAGAUUUUUAAAAGAAACACGGAGAGCUUUCAAUUAAGGAUUUCCCCUCUUUGAGCCGCUGCAGACUGAGAGCGAUUCUGGGAAGAUGACGGUGACCUAACUUUACGUCCUAGGAUCCAAUCGUUUAGUUUCUUUUUUGGUGAAUUAACACAAAUGAAAAGUGUGUAAACUCGGAGGCUCUGAGCUGAAGCCCACCGGACGCAGGGAGCGUGAACCCCAGCGGCUCGUCGGGAUGGCGCGCCUGUUGAACUGCCUGCUGCUGGGAUAUCUGACCUGGAAUCUCCGGAUAUCGGAUGCUCAGGGGGAGUACUGCCACGGGUGGCUGGACUCAAAUGGAAAUUAUCACGAGGGUUUCCAGUGUCCGGAGGAUUUUGACACCAUGGACGCCACAGUUUGCUGCGGCUCCUGCGCGCUGCGCUACUGCUGCGCCGCAGCGGACGCACGGCUGGACCAGGGCAUCUGCACCAACGACAGGGAGGUGGAUAACACCGAGUUUGCAGCGCAGCCCAUCUACGUGCCCUUCCUGAUGGUGGGGAGCAUCUUCAUCGCCUUCAUCAUAGUUGGCUCACUGGUGGCCGUCUACUGCUGCACGUGUCUCAGGCCCAAGCAGCCGACCCAGCAGCCCAUUCGCUUCUCUUUACGCAGCUGCCAGGGGGAAACCAUCCCCAUGAUCCUUACCACGGCUCCCCCAAGCCUGCGAGCGCCAUCGCGGCAAUCCAGCACGGCCACCACCAGCUCCAGUUCAGCCGGAGGAGGAAGCUCCAUGCGGAGGUUUUCUCUCGGAGGUCAGGGGCAGCAGCACGGCUGCCUGGUAUCAGCCACCGUCUCAUCGUCAGCCUCCACUCCCACCCAGACCCCACAGACUCUUCUUCCACCUCCCCCCUACACAUCCCCACCAGCACCCAUGACAGGAGGGAUCCAGCACCCGCUGCCUUCAUCCCACACCCAGUUGCAGCUCCAUCAGCCCCCGAUGGCCACUCACUCAUCCCAGAACACCAGCUUCCUUCUCCCCCAGCAGUACUUCUUCCCUCUGCAGCCUGACGCCUUCACGGCAACCAAGGGCUUCGCUGACUUUGGACAGAGCUGACAGGGCUCUCAGCACGGGAAAUAGAGGAUUACACAAUUUUUAGUGGGCAGGAUGCGACCUGUCACAGACAGAAACACGCCAGACAAGGCUGGUGCCAGAGAAGCUAUGCAUGAGGCCCGGCCAAUUGGCCGCAGAGCGAGUUGCUGGAGGGUAGGCACAAAGCGUGACAGAGCUGCUGUGGUCGACCAGCCCGAGGUACUUCCCCGUCUGC